UCAGGUACUGUAGCAAGGCUUUCUGUAGAGCAGCGGCAGGUACUCCACAUCCCUGGCAUAUUGUGUGUGAGCCUGCUGGCUGCCAGCACUGACUCCAGAGAGGCGGGAGGGCAGCAGCCUGUGUGAGGGACUGUGACAAUGACUGGCCAACACUGCUGGGGAUACGGGGAGGAAGACGGUCCAUCCGAAUGGCACCGUUACUUCCCCAUUGCUGAGGGGAACCGACAAUCUCCCAUUGACAUAGUCUCCAAUCAAGCUGUGUUUAACCCUGGUCUAAAACCUUUAGUUUUUGCCUACGAUCAGUGCACAUCCAUUAACCUAUCAAACAACGGGCAUUCUAUUAUGGUGGAGUUUGAUGACAAUGAUGACAAGACAGUGAUAAGCGGUGGCCCACUAGAGGGGUCAUACAGACUGAAGCAAUUUCACUUUCACUGGGGAACCCAGCGCAACACUGGGUCAGAACAUACUGUGGAUGGGAUAUCUUAUCCCUCUGAGCUUCACUUGGUGCACUGGAACGCUAGAGCAUAUUCCUCUUUUGGAGAAGCAGCUGCAGCUCCAGAUGGUUUGGUGGUAAUUGGUGUUUUUCUGGAAACUGGUGGACAACACCCAGGCCUCAACAGACUUACAGACGCCUUGUACAUGGUGAGAUUUAAGGGAACCAAAACACAGUUUGAUGACUUUAAUCCAAAGUGUCUGCUGCCUUCAAGCUUUGAAUACUGGACCUACCCUGGAUCUCUUACAACUCCCCCACUGAAUGAAAGUGUGACAUGGGUUGUCCUGAAAGAACCAAUAAAGGUGUCUGAAAAACAGAUGGAGAAAUUUAGGAAAACAGUGCUGUUUUCUGGGGAAGAAGAAGACCAACGUGUUCAUAUGGUGAACAAUUUCCGCCCACCCCAGCCACUUAACGGAAGGAAGGUCCAAGCAUCUUUCAAAUGCUAACAAUAAAGAAUAUACAACCAACAAUAUUCACAAUCACAGAGCUUCCACACCAGCAAAGACCAAAUUCACUGCCUGCAUGGAUCAGGGGUGCCCUGUUUUAUAGGGCAGCUGGCACCUUUAAAAUAUGAGGAAGGGGGGAGAUGUUCAUUUUUCAAAGACUACAAAGUACAGCACCUGCUGAAUAAGGACAUGAGGGCUAGCUCAGCCCAAGACUGUGUACUCAUGCAUCCUAUUGUAUCAUUGAAACCUGCCCACUAGUCUUUUAGAAAUGGAUGGGUUCACUAAACCUUUGCUUAAAAGAUUUGGGAUUAAAUAUGAAUUCAAAUUACUGUUCAACUAAUUAUCAAUUAACUGAAAUUAAGGGGGUAUUAAACCCAGGAAAGAAAACUUAAGUUAACUGCAAGAAUGUGCCAUUUUCAUAAAAAAUUUCUGCAAAUUUCUACUGGAAUUACCAUACGUAAACACUGCUGUGUCUGCAUAUCCAAGUCUGUGCCUACAAACACAUCAGUAUUUAACACAAGUACUUGUAUUUUGAUUACAACUACCAUAGGUAGAAUAAGUUCUCAUUUCAAAUCAGUGUCAGCCCAUAUGAAGGCAUACUAGGAACCCAAAAUAUUAUACCUGCCUGUAGGCACUGUGCAGCAACCUGUUUAACCAAUGUACUGCCAAGUAUAGAGGCAAUAUAGAGCAACACAAACAAACAGUUGUUAUUAGAGUAUUGAAAGAAACUACAGUGGAAACCCCAUUUUACGUUUUUCAGGGGACCAGAAAUAAAUGAUGUAAAUUCCAGGAAAAUGUAAAAUCAGGGAAAUGUAUUAUGCGUAAUAUAUAGGUGGGGCCACAAAACAACAGUGUAAAAUGAGGGAAAACUUAAAAUCAGGGAAUGUAAAACUGAGGUUCCACUGUACUUUAGAAUAGCUACAGAGAGUGGUGAUAACAGCUGAUACACUGCAAAUAGCAAACAAAAGAAAAAAUAUAUUGUCAUUUUAUUAUUCUUUAUUUUAAAUAGCCCUGUUUAAAUUGCGCUGACAAAUUCAGCAAACUUUACAGAGAUUAUACAUCAUUCACAUCAGUUACUGCUGAUUUAAUUUAAUAAGCACAUUCUUGCAAUAUACAAGUGUUGGUCCGGGCUUUAGUUAACCUAAUUCAUUUUGUAGGACAAUCAUUUAUAUCUUCUUAGGGAAUUAACACUUUGCGCCUUUGACUUUAAACAUUCCAGCAACUUUUUACUGCCUUAUAAUGAUUGAAAAUAAUUAUUUCUGGAUGUCAUCACUAAAUUAAUGGGUGAAGGUAUAUUUGUAAAUACAUGUUGAUUUUGAAUUAUUUGUUUGUCACACACAUAUAUAUAUAUAUAUAUAUUAAUUUAAGCUAACAAAUCAACCUGAACUUUUCUCAGAAAUGCAAGGUUACAUUGGAGAAAGCAUUUGUCUAUUUUUCUGAAAACAAUAUGCAUUUUAAUAAACUAGUGAAAUAA